UACCUAAUAAAGUGAUGAAAAAAUGAAACAACCAAAGGCAAUUUCAGUUCCCGCCACCGCCCACUGUGCGUUAAUUUCCUCUGGUGGCUCUCCAAAUUAACGGAAAUGCUUACUUCCGCUAAUCCUAAUCCUAUAUAGCAAAUGUUAUAGUUCCUGAAUCUUCGAUUUUAAAAAUCGAAUCUGGCGAAGCACAAAAUCGGUUGAAAUGGAGGAUGCUCAGCGGUGGAGCGUGACGUACACCAAGCACGUUAAGCAGAAGCGCAAAGUCUAUCAAGACGGUUUUCUAGAGCUUCAAUCCUCUCGCCAUAAGGUCAUGCUCUUAGAUGAAUGGGACAAACUCUUGGAAAGUAGAUUUGUAAAGAAAGAUGAUGUCAUAAAAUCUGGUGAAACACUGGCUUUUGAUUGCUAUCUCGUUGACAUUGGUGAACUAUGUGGAGGCUGUAAACCUACAUCUACUUUGAGUCAAGGAAAAGACGGGAAAGUUGAAGAGAAAUCAGGAUCACUUUACAGCUCCAAUUCACAGAGUAAUUCAGUUUCUAUUGAUAGGAAAUCUGCAUUUGGGAGGAGGAAAGAACGAGUGCUUUGCUUAAGCCCAUCGCAAAAAAUGAUCAGAGAUUUCAAGAAGAGUGAAAUGAACAAGUUUGGUUCUUCACCAAGUUGUAUGGAUACAACAAAAAGCAGUACAACAGAAUGGCAGGUCUUGUACACGACACAAAUAACUCAAAAGGCAAAGAAAUUUCACGAUGGCAUUUUACAACUUCUAGUUCGUGGAUCGCAAGGGAGGCAGGUUAUGUUGUAUGACACUGACAGGAGACAAUUGGAUAGCAGGUUUCUGAAAAAGGAUGAAAUAGUUUGUUCUGGUGAAUCACUAUCAUUUGAGGGUCAUUUAGUGGAGAUUGGAGAAGAGGAAGGAGAUCAUAAGCCUGUAACUUACUCAAACCUUCAGGGAAAAUACUGCAAAGUAGUUGGAAAAACUGAUCUAGCUAAUCACCAAGCAAAAAUCCCAACCAAUAACAAAUUUCCUGCUGGAAAAUCUCCAGACAAGACCUCCCCAGCAAAACUUAAUGACCUUAAUGAUUCAAGCUCCAAGGUGCAAAAUGCCAAAUUAUGUAGGAGCAACACUGCAAAUGAGCGCAGGCGUGCUGUCCAUGACAUCUUGUCCAUUCUCAGACAACCAAUUCAUAGAAAGGUCACAAUGAAUGAACCAUCAGUGGAGGAGCAACCUGAGCUGUAUUCUUCAGAUGUUCGUUCUGAUAACAAGAAUUCUAUAAAAGAAUUUGCUGAAGAAUGCAGCGGAAGUGCACGAGAGGAAUUGAGAGAAAAAACCUCAGAUCAGGAUCAUGGAAUCAAGGUUUUAAAACCUGAAGCUGUUGAAGUUCUCGUUGCUGCUGAAACAUGCACAGUUUCUGAGAAUGGAAGAGAAUCUCAAGCUAGGUCCUCUGAUUUCUGUCUCAGAUCAGGAACAACAAAUCAUACAGUAUGCAUCCUUGAUGUAGAGUGCACUGAUCACAAUAAGUUGAUGGCAAGUUCUUUAUCUGAGGAUGUUCAUGCCCUGGUAGCUGUUGCAUUGGAUUCUGAACAAGCUCCAAUUGAAUCAGCAACACUCACCAGAUCAAAUGAAAAUGAGGAACCUGAAAGUCCCCCUGAAAUAUGUCCAUAUGAAGAUAUCAUGUCUGAACCAAAUGCUGCAGCAACAAAUGUUUUGAGCUCCAGUAAAUUACCCAAGUCCUGGAAAGACAAGGGAAACAGUUCCAGAUGCCAUGAAGCGGCCUCCAGUGUUAGUACUAUGCGUUCAAAUGAUUGUACAUCUCAUGGUCUCUCUGGUACUGAAGACAAAACACUAAAGCUGGAUUUCCAUAAAAAGGACAAGGAUGAGUUCCCGAGUUUCAAUCUUGGAUUUUGAAAAGAACCAAAACACAAUUCUGCCAGCAGUGACAAUCUCUCUGAACAAAGUGUUCUUGUGAAUACAUGCAGCUUUUCAAAGAUUGAAAUGAAUCCGCCAGACCACCAUCCUUUCAGAUGUCGUAUGUAUGAAAAGAAUGAGGAUUCGAGCAGGUUGGUUAGAGUUCAAACUUCCUGUUGAAGCCAAUGACAUUUGGCCUUGAAGGUCUUAAUCGUCCUACGACAAGAUUGUAGUUUGUGAUGUCACUGGUCCCGUUGUAAUAUUGAACUUUGACGCUACAAAUUCGUUAUUUUGCCCAAAGACUUGUAUAUGCCAAAGUACACAUCUCGGAAUCUCGUGUAAAAUGCUUAAGAUUUUCACCAUAUCUAUCUCUUAACAUUUGAUGACAUAAAUUUCCUAAUGCCUUGUGUUGUU